UCGUUUCCCCUCGGACGUCUGGGAGUUGUAGUUUUGUGGUUUAAUGUUAUGAAAAGAAAAAACUACAGGUCCCAGAGUUCCCUGCGCGGCCAUCCUCCUAAUUGGCAGCCCCGGCCCCUGUGAUAUGUGAGGGAACACAAAGGCUCGUGAGCGGCAGCCUAAACCAUUGCUGGAUGACAUUAGCUUUUUCCUUCUCACCGGUCGUAAGAAUGGAAACGUCUGACUAUGGGACCAAAAAGAGCUGGGGCAAGUCUAAAUCAAAGAAGGUGAGAGGUUCAUCCAAAGUGUCCAAAUCCAGUAGAAAUCUUUCACCCGACAACAAAAUGAUGAAGGACCAAAAGGGCACCCGAAAACUCCGGUAUAAAACACAAGAAGCUCAAAGCCGCCCGUCUCUGAGAAGUCAACAGAACGGUCAAACGAGGCAGUCAUCAGGCAAGGGCAAAGUGAAAAAGGAAGUGGACGAUUCCACCUGUGAUGUGGAAGACCAGGGCAUCGAAAAAACCAAACCGUACGCGUGUGCUAUAUGUCAGAAGAGCUUUGCCCAGAAAUCCAACCUUGUGACCCACUUCAGAGUCCACACAGGGUCCCGGCCCUACAUGUGUAUGGAGUGUGGGAAGAGCUUCAGCACCAGCUCCAAUGCGGUGACCCACCAGAGGGUGCACACGGGAGAGAGGCCGUACAGCUGUGGAGAAUGUGGGAAAAAGUUCAGUAUCAGCUCCAACCUGGUGACCCACCAAAGGGUCCAUACGGGAGAGAGACCCUAUGUCUGUACUGACUGUGGAAAAAGCUUCACUCACCGUUCAAACCUGGUCAUCCACCAGAGGGCGCACUCGGGGGAGAAGCCUUAUGAGUGCAUUACGUGUGGAAAAACAUUUACUCACAGCUCUCACCUUGUUGCCCACCAGAAAGUCCAUGUUUAGAGAAUGGAGGAUUGUCUUCACCAGUGGUUGCCAAACUGUGGACCUCUAGGUGUUCCAAAGCUUUCACUCCCAGCCGAUGGCUAUCCGGGCAUGCUGGGAGUGAAAGCUUUCCAACACCUGGAGGUCUGCAGUGACCUGCUAGGUGGAGAACAUUAGUAUGAUGGCCUUGGCCCGAAUGGGGCCUCGAAAGGACUUCUCUCUUUGUAUUUUAAACUUGUGCCAUGUAAUGCGCCAUCCGUGGCCUACUUUUUAACCCUAAAGGGGUGGAUCUUGAACCCUAUACGUGGUUCCUUCUGAUGGUUUUUAAGAUAAGAUCCUCUAGAAAAGUGAAGGAUCUUCUAGUAGCCUUUGACUCAAAUGACCUGUGUCCCUCCAGCCAUUAGUUAUCACGUCCGCUCGGCUCCAUACUUACCAGCCAUUCCGGAGAGGACGCGAGCAUACCGUGUUGUGGAUGAACCACAGAGCUCAGCUUAUAGGUUAACAAGGGUAAAGAAUCAAGUAGACAAAAAGUAGUGAUGUAAAGCGAGGGGUGAGGGGGCGAGGAUUGUUCCCAUAUAUAGACCAAGAGGUUUGUAGGUUUGAUUAAGUUGAUUUGUAGAGAUGAGCAAAAUUUAUAUCUAGAUAUCGGUAAAUACCUAAUUCUCAAUGUGUCUGUGUGUUACUCUGGUCUACAUCCCCUCCCCAAAGCCAUAUUUUUAGCCUAAAAGAAGCAGCCAUUUUUCAUGCAAAAAUUACUAAAAAAUGUUGGCUGUUAUUAUUUUUAUUUUUAAAGGUUGUACAUACCCCCCAAAAGCAAAGUAUUAAAUGAAGUGCAUAGUCAUAUUUAUUUACAUCUGUAACAUUAAAGAAGCACUCCAGGGUUUUUUGUUUUAUUUUGUCCUAGUCCUACAGGACCAUCUGUCCUGUUCCAGCACAGCGGCAUCUAUGCAUUUCAUUACUGUACCUUGUUCAUGUGAUCAUCAGUCUGACUGAUAGUAACUGUGUCACAGGAUAUUUGAUCUGAAUUAGCUGAUAUCUGCCCUCCAGCUCUAUCUGUAUACUGCUGCUCUUUCUAUGGGAUCAGGAUAUAUAGUAGCUAUACAUCUUCCCUCCAGCUCUAUCUGUAUACUGCUUCUGUUAUUUCAAUGGUAUAUAUAUAUAUAACAAAUCAGCAAAAAAACAGCUCACCCCCGUUCGCCUCCUGCGUCGCAGAUCAGUGUGGACAGCACUGGAAGUAAUAUUAGAGAAAGGAAGAUAUCCAGCACAGUAGCUCGAAUGCAGGUGUAUUUAUUUUAAAACAGCCUCAGGGGAGGUGUAUAUCUAAUUUAAUAUAUCCUGAUCCAAUAGAGAUAGCAGCAAUAUACAGAUA